AUGUCUUCUAUGCGAAAUGCCGUCUCUCGGCGCCCUCACAAAGAACGGUCGCAGAUAUCAUCCAGGCAAAAAUGGGGUUUAUUAGAGAAACACAAAGACUAUUCUCUGCGUGCACAGGACUACAACACCAAGAAAAAGAAGAUCUCACAAUUGUCUCAGAAGGCCCGCGAGAGGAACCCCGAUGAGUUCGCCUUUGGCAUGAUCAGCCAGGGUAAAGCAGGCUUGGGAAAACACAAAAGUGGACUAGGUCCUAAUGGCGAAAAAGCGGCAAGUCUGAGUGUUGAUGCAGUGAAACUGUUGAAGACGCAGGACGCAGGAUAUUUGAAGACACUUGCUGCAAGGGGAAGGAAGGAGAUUGCAAAGGUCGGACAGGAGAUCGAAAUGGAUGAUGUUAUGCUCGGCGACAAAACGACAUCGAGGAGGAUUGUAUUGAAGGACGAAAGCAACCAGGAAAAGCAGUCGCCGAAUGGAACAAAACGCAGAUGGAAUGGCGAAGUUUUGGAAGCCCCCUCUCAAGAGAUUACCUACCCCCAACUCCCACCUGUCAGUGCCGACCAGGUCGAUAUUCCCGAGUCGCCCGACACACAAAUCCCCCCCUCUAAGCCAAAGUCCAAAAAAGCUCUUGCGGCGGAGCUAGAUGCUGCUGCACGAUUGCGGCUCGAGAGAAAAAAACGAAAGAGACUGCAGGAAAUUCGAGUGGCCAAGUUGGAGGCCUUGAAGAAACGACAAAGGGAAGUUCUGGCAGCCGCAGACGAAGUGGACUUGCAGAGAGCGAAAAUGGCCCGAACGGUGGGAGGCGUCAAUAAAAAUGGGGUCAAGUUCAAGAUCAGAGAACGAAAGAGAUGAAGCCAAGGAGCUGAUCCCUCUCCUGAAUACAUUUACGCUCACACGACGGGGCAAUUAGGCAUCGUAUAUUGAACUUUUGCUGGUGC